UGGGAGACUGGGACGGCCGCGUAACCAUGAAGAGACGACGGAGAAACUUCAAAAAGCUUCCUAUGCGACCAACCGCCGGUGAUGGGUUCAAGUUGUUGGGAUCAUGGUAACGAGCACUUUGAAGGGCAAAUACCGGGAGAGGGCAGUAGGAGCUGUAAAGACGGGAUGGGCUAGCUGGAUGCGUUCUAGCGGGCGGCCGUCAUUUCUUCGCAACGUGCCUCGUUGCUCAACGUUGUUUUUGUGGAGGACACUCGAGGAUAAGACGGCAGAAAAGGAGACGACGAGCCCUUUCGCAACAUCUGCAGGGCAAGGCCAAACAUCGGAGUGGGCAUCGGCGUCGUUCAGCGAAGGAAUUGGGAGAGCUCGGAAAAGAAGCCGGCCAGAGAGUUCAAUCAGGGUCCUCCGGUCGGGUCGAAGUCGCCGACAGCAGAGUGCUAAGACCUACCGCUGAUGAGCUCGAGUGGAGUCCUCACCACGAUGUCAACAAACGACCCGGACCCAAAGCCGACGACCUCAGCACCUCCUCCCGACACUCCCACCACUGUACGUCCGCCACCACCUCCUAAAACGACAGACCCACCACCACCUCCUCCGCCCCCCAAAACAACAGACCCACCGCCACCUCCACCACCUCCGAAGACGACGGACCCACCACCACCUCCUCCACCUCCUAAAACGACAGAUCCACCACCUCCACCUCCUACUACAAAGCCAACCGUGGUUCCAACGAAAAUACCCACUGCCGACCCCAUCACGAGGUCAGCUCCACGAACGGUUCUCUCCACUGUUGAUGAUACCGCCAAUGGAACCCCGACUAGAAGAAUCGUCUCAACAGUUGUAUGGGUGGACGAAGUCAUAACCCCUACGGAAAACGCUGGUCUACCGAACUCAACGCAAUCAGCCGACCCUUCCAACUUAGAGAAACCUCCAUUUGCAAAGACUGCUGGCGGUGCGGCGAUGAUCAUCAUAUUGACACUCUUCGGCGCAGUCGCAGCGUUCUACAUUGGCAAAUUUCUGUACAAGAGAUACAAGGAUAUCCGGAAAAAGAAGGGUUAUGGGUCAGGUGAGCCAGGAAUGUUGAGUCCUUCUACGAACUCGCUGGCUCCGAUGAUGAUGGCCCAGUCGCCGUCCACUCCGGCUGUGAGCGAAGAGGAAAUGCUGCCCGGAGAAGGCCGUGUGACCAUGUCCCAUCGCUACUCCGCCGCAUCACCAUACCCCAGCAUGCACUCCGGCAUGCAUAGCCCAUCCCCGCAUCCGCCGGCGGUCUUCGGCGGAGAAGACCUACCAGAACAUCUCUCGCCAGAGGAGCAGCGUCGCUUAACCUUCUCCCACUACGCAAUACGGCCCAGUUCGCCAUACUACCAGAGCGGAGACUGGACGGGCGUGUUUGCUCCCGUGGUACCCGGGGCAGGAUCCAACAAGUCAGACCCCCGCCAAUCGUACAUGAGCAACCCCGACCACCCUCAACAACCACACGGCACCUACGUCCCCCACAUGCUGGGCAUCCCCGAAGCCUACGAAGACUACGAUUCCCACUCGGGCGGCGAACACUUCGCCGCGUCCCACUCCCACUCGCCGGCGCCGCAACAUUACGAGAUCCCCUCCGCUAGCGACGAGCUUGGGUACGAAUCCCACGAUGUCUCCUCGGAGCAGCGACCGACCUCCCCGUCAGUGACGUACCCCCUCGUACCCCCGGCGCUGACAGUCAGGAACCCGACGCUGGAGAAUUCGCUUUAUCCGGGGACCUUUGGGUACUCCGAACGGGCGGUGGAGCGGAAAGGCACGUUUGGGAAUGCGGAGCAGACCACCCAGUAGUGCCGAGGUUUUUGUGAGGAUCCAUGAACUGGUUGGUCGCCUCCUUUGAUGCUGGUCUUCAGAGGUGACACCACCUCCGAAUAUGCUCCGAACUGCCCCAUCUCCGGCGUGAGGCUUCCACACGUGCUAUCACGUAGAGCUUUUGUAGUAUAGACCCCCUAUUUAGAUCCCCCAACUGUCAUCUCCUUCUGUUCGGCGUACUCCGGAACAUAUAAUCUCAUAGAUCGAAUCGUUCAUGGAAUUCGGUAUUCGUAUUAGGACCCUUUCCUGUGACUUUAUUUACAUCAAACCUUUGGCGGAGUCUCACAUCACAGUCAUAUCGCCACAUCCGAUUUCCG